AUGGAUGAUAUCUUGACACUGCCUGAGACUGGAAAUCUCCUCAGUUAUUUUGAUACGACUUUAUGCAGUGCAUUAAUAAUCGAUACCGACGAUCUGCGCAAUCCAUUUCGAGGCUAUAUCCUUCCGCUUGCAUAUCGUGACAUUGGAAUUCUAAAUGCUGUGCUGGGCCUUACCAUGUGCCACAUAAUCUCGUCUGGCAAGCGGGCGAUUGAGAACGUGAGCGUUGCCAGAAUGAUAGAGCAUCAACUAUCCGCAUUGCAGUCCCUCAGCUCCCUCUUGAUGAAAGAAGAGAUGUACGGCCUCACAGAUGAUGAACAGGACAUAUUGCUGGCAGUUGUGAUUCUACUAGUUCUGUAUGAUAUCUGUGAGACCGGGGUAUCAUCUCAUGGAGUGCACCUGACCGGAGCUGGCUACAUAUGUGGAAAGCUUGCACAGCAGCCCAAGGUCAUCACAUCUCCACGAACAACAUUCCUUCUAACAGCCUUAACUUGGCUAGACGUACUUCGAGCAUUUAGCGGUGCUGAAAAGUUGGCCUACAGUGACAAUGUUCGUAGGUGUAUUUUAGAAGCCGAGCAUUUUAACCUAGAGACUCUAGUGGGAUGCCCGGUGGAAUUGUUUUACGAGAUAGGAUGUAUUCUCACGGCAGGAAAACAGUAUAUGGACGGAGAGCUCUCCCAUGAUGAUUUUCAGAACCUACUAGAUGAUGCAGAACAAUUCUUUCGGGCCUGGGACCCUGAAAGUGCCGCUUUUCCAAGUGAAGAUCUAGAGUGGAUACAGCUCGCAGAGGCCUACCGCCAUGUCUGUAUCAUUCGGGUGCUGCGGUUCCCAGAUACAUGGGCUAUUCCCUGUGAGGAUCACCGAAUCCAGUCGUCUGUUUGUGCCAUCCUUGAUGCUUCAGCUGAAAUUUCGGCCGACUCAUCCUGGUUCAAAAGGUUGCUGUUCCCUCUGUUCAUAGCAAGUGCAGAAACAUCUAUACCUCACCAAAAACGAUAUAUCGAGUUUUGCAUGCGUGAGAUAAAGAAGUCAACCGGAUUUCCUCACCCUGCCAUGAAUGAACUGCUUAGCAGAGUUUGGGGUGAAAGACAACAACAGGCAAACAAAUCAGGGAAUGUUCCGUGGAUGGAAUUUACCUGCUCUAAGGAUCUGGUUCGCCAGCAUGACUACCUGAUGUUCUGA